AUCUUAAUUCGAGAAUCUGUUUCAUUUGUAUUAUGGAUCCGACAGUUAGAUUUUUAUAACUAAUACCAUAGCAGCAUCAUUAUAUGAUUUGCAAUAACGCUUUUACAGUGAAAGUAGGCCAGUGAACUUCUCCUGUUGCUAAGCAACCAAACUCUACACAAGCGAAGACACGCGUUUGUUAACGCUCGCGAGGAUGUGCUCUAAUUUUUGUUUUUACAAAUGAGGGACUUUGAGGCCAGUGUGGAUGGAGCCCAUUGUUUCAGGGUGCUGUGUUCGCACCCCUGCUGCUGGGACACCGAGCGCCGUUGCACCAGAGGAAUCAAACGCCACACUCCAGCACGUGUGAGGAAACACUCUCCCAAAAAUGAGGACUUUCCGUCUCUGAGUAUUGUGAAUGUCUCUGAAUGGGCUGGACGGGGGAGACCGAUUAAAGAAAGGCCACUGUACGGUGCUGACACGUCUGAGGCGUCUUUGAAUGAUGUCUCUUGUGUUUCUCUCAGCAAACAGACACAAGACACUCAGAAGAUUAAGAGGGCACAUCUUUCCUUCCCAGACAUCAUGUUGCCCAGCGAUAAACCCAACAACAUGGUCAAGUUAAAUCCAGUUGACAUCAGUGCUUUGAUGGGCCGCUCUGAGUUGCCACAGUGUCCAGUGGUCGUGUGGAUUCCCAACCCGCAGCAUGAGCCUCAGUGGCUCCCUCAAAACAAGUCUAGAUCUCCAAACAUCUCUAUAAAAGAGUUAGUCUGCCUUCCAUCUUGUCAAAUGACAAAGCCGUCCAUAGCGGCCAACCAGUGGAAGAAAUUGAAUGGUCGUAAAAAGAGAGGGAAGAGAGGAAUGAACUCUACACAAGAGGGCGCUGGCAGCCCACGGUGGGUGGGCAUUGGCUUUAAUCCCAUUCCUAAAACCACCCCACAUCACCUCUCCCACAGCCUGGCGUUCAAACAUAUUGGGUGGGGAUCAGUGGAUCAGAAACUGCCGAGCCUAACCACACCACACCCAAACCCAAACCCAAAGAGCAGCAGUGUCAGUCCAGCCUUGAGCCUGAGUUUAGGAUCAGUACAGUGCUGGGGAGGCCACUGACACAGACCUGAACACAUCUCAUACUUACGCCACAUUAAGAAGAAAAAAAAGGGUUUUAAUCGUUAAUGGAAAGUCUGUUCCAUAAGUAGUUAUUUGUGUCCAAUGAUUCAGUGCACUUUGUCUGGAAAGUCUAUUCCUACUUUAACAGAGACAACAAAUAAUUAAAAUGUAGCCAGGAAUGUGCAUUAUGAUGAUAAACAGCAGAGGGAUUCAGAUCCUAACUGAACUCAUAUAUGCUAGAUGAAUAAAACUGCAAUCAACAAUUAUCAACAAAUAUGCACUAUUGUUUAAAUGUUGGUUAUGGAAAAUGUUUUAAAAAUAAAUCAAUACUUAUGUACAACCAGAGAAUAUUUAGUAGGCUAUGUAGUUAAAAUCAUGUUUUUACCUGUGAUCAGUUUUGAUCACUGCUUUUUAGACUUUUAAAAAAUAGUGCUGUGCCAACACAGAUAGUUUAUAAUGUAUAAAAAUAGAGAUUUAAAAUACCUCUAUAAAAAUAGAAAACAGCUGUUUUAAAAGAGUAUCUUUAUUUUAAAUUACUGCAUUUUAAAUACCAUUUGUGAACAGAAGGACUUUUUUUUGCACCAACAAAAACUAAGGUUAAAUCCAGAUUAAAUCAUUCUGUUGCACCAAAAAUAAGCAGACUUGCAUUUAACCCUUUAACUGUCACCCCGUCCCAUAUACGGGACUCCUAGAUUGACUUCACAAUAUUACAAUUAAAUCUAAUCUAAUCCUGACAAACUAUAUAUCGUUGGAAAGAUCUAAGAUUCCCGAAUAUAUAUUUUACCAAUGUUUUUUGUUAAAAUUAUGUAGGAAAAGUAGUAGACUAAUUUAUGACAAGAGUGCACCCUCAAAAAUCUACAUUAUAAAAGGAGUUUUGACCUUCGUUUAAAAUUAAGACUUCUUCGUUGCCUUUUUCUUUAUCACAUUUUAGAAAUCAUCAGAAGUUAUAUAUCACUUGAAAACAUAAAAUCUCAAAAUUCCUCCUUUAAAACCCAUUUUAAAAUCAGACAUUGUAUUACCAUGUAAAUUGUACAUCAAUGUCAUGUUACAAAAUGUUUUAAUUCAUGAAUUAUACAAAUGUAAGUUUGGAUCAAGCACUAUAAUGUCUAUGUUCAAAAAUGUGAGGGACAGUUAAGGUUAAAUCAUCAUUCUGAUCCUUUUAAUAUAGAUCAAUUUUAAUCCUGUUAAACACAGAUGAAGAUUUUAAUCACAAAAAUGAACUAAAACUAGAUCAACCAAUCUUUUAUUAUCUCCACUGUGUUUCAUUAAAUCCUUAAUGGUGCAACCCCCUUUGUGUUUUCACAAUUGUGAAUAGUAGUAUAUGAAUAAUAGUAAUAAUCUACAUCGGUGAAACAUCUGCUACAGCAUAAUAAAGGGUUAUGAUCUAUUUCAAUAAUCCACUAUUCUAUAAGUUACUUUACAACUACAUGUCAACUAAUUCUCAUUAGAGUUUAAGUAGA